CACUUGAAUCUGAGCCAGUGUAACUGAGAACCGUACAUAAGUAAAAUCCGAAUAAAAAACCCAAAUAGAUCUGCGUUUCCCCGCAAAUUUGACGUCGAGUCGAAGAAGAAGAGACUUGGAGAGAGUGGAGAGAGAGAGGAGAGAGGCGAACAUGAAGACCACAAAGGGAGGCAAAGUCAUGAACCCUACGGACGCCUAUCGCAAGGAGAUUCGCAAGAAGGAAUUAAAAAGGAAUAAGAAAGAAAGAAAGAAAGUGAGGGAAGUGGGGAUCUUAAAGAAGGAUCCUGAUACACUGAAAGAGCAAAUUGAGAAGUUGGAAAUGAUGAAGGCAGAAGGUGCUCUGGACAAAGCGAGAAAACACAAGAAGAGACAGCUUGAGGACACAUUGAACCUUGUUAUUAAAAAGAGGAAGGAAUAUGAAGAUAAAUUGCGUGAAAAGGGUGAGGCUCCAGUUAUGUUCAGUCAUUUAGGACCUCCUCGAAGACUGACAACAGCGGAAGAAGAAGAAAGAGUCAAGCACCCUAAACCUGAAGACUCAGUAUACUAUCACCCUACACUGAAUCCUACAGGAUCCCCACCGCCUGGAAAGCCUCCCAUGUUUAAAUCAUCAAUAGGACCUAGAAUUCCAUUAUCAGCAGCUUCAUCUAGUGCUGCUGCAUUGUCAUCAAAGUCAGAGUUGGAGGAUGGUUCUUCAGCUGGACCCCCUCCUCCUCCUCCACCUCCUCCUCCUUUGCCUCCUGCUGAUGAUCUGGAUGCUGGAGAUGGUUCUAUUAUGCCUGAAUCUUUGCCAUUGCCACCACCACCACCUCCAAUGCCACCAAAACCUGCUGUGGCAGACUUGGGCACAUCAAUGCCUCCACCUUUGCCACCGCCACCUCCUGGCCCCCCUCCUAAAGAGCAAAUUGCCAUACGCCCUCCCUUUCCUCCUUCAAUCAUCCAAAAUGCUCAGCCACCUCCACCUGGCACUUUGGGCAGUGAAAAGGAGAAAAAUCAAUCUGCAAAGUCAGAUAAUUCAUCCUCCAAGGAGCCAGUUCUGGCAUCUAUUAUGCUUCCCCCACCUCCUCCACCACCUGGAUUGCCAUCAAAAUUGGCAAAUCAGCAGUCCGAAGGUGUACCAUCUGAAUCUGAUGCCAAAAAUCCUUCAGGGGUGAUGGAUCUUCCUAAGAUGGUUCCUCCUCCACCUCCUCCAAGGCAACAGCCUCCAGUGCCUGGGUCUUCUUUGGUCCCAACUUUGCAGCCUGACGUGCUACACCCUGGAAUAUCACGUCUUCCCCCACCCCCACCUCCGCCAGAUAUGCGGCCACAAUUACAUGCUCUUGGACUUCCUGGCCAAGUUGCUCCACCUGGAAUGAUGGUCCCACUAAUUCCAAGGCCACCUUUUGGGCCUCCCCCCAUGAUGAGACCUCCACUUCCACCUGGACCUCCUCCAAUUUCCCAAGAUGAUCAUGCUGCAAGGUUUCCUGCCCCUCAAAAGCCAUCAUAUGUUAAAUCAGCUGCAUCUACUGUUGUUAAGAGGCCGCUAGCUCAGCAUACUCCAGAGCUUACAGCCAUGGUUCCUGCAUCUGUACGUGUGAGGAGAGAGACUGCUAUUCUGAAGGUAAAACCAAAGCCAUCACUCUCAACCGUGGCUGCAGCAGCUACCAGGCCAGAAGCUACUCCUGCUAUUGUGAAACCAGUCUCAGUUAACUCCUCAUCAGCACCGAAGGCACAGAGCAUUGACGACUCAUAUACGGCCUUCUUGGAAGACAUGAAAGCACUGGGCGCACUAGGUGAUUGAACUGAUUGUAGCCGAUGAGAAGCUGCGAGGAAACAGGACUAGCAUGCAUGCAUCGAGAGGAAAGAAAUGUAUUGGCCAUUGCGAUUGAUCCGGGGCUUAUUUGGAUAAAUUAUUUAUAGUUGUCCGUAGCCCUAAUUUUCUCUCACAACAUUCUUCUGUAAUCUCUCCAAUUCCUCCCAGUACCUCAUUCAUUUUACAAUUGCUACAACUUUAAGCUCUCAGUUUUCUCAAAUGAGUCACUGCUAGGUUUACCGGAAGGAAGAGAGGAACACUGUAUGACAUUGAAGUUUAUAAAAAAUUUCUUUCCUUCA